UUAGUCCUCACUCGUUUUGCGCGUGUUCAUGAUACUCCUCUUGUCUGUCGAGGAGGAAAACCACAUAUUUGUGUCGCUGUUGGUGUUUUAUGCUUAAACUAUUUAUGUCGUCGUUCACUGAUUUUUUUUAUGCUGACUGAAAUUAAUUACUAAAGAUGAAUUCUAUGUUCGCCAUUGUUCUGCCCUGCGGAUAUUUUGUAUUCGUUUUUUGGAUCAACGUCGCGCACGGAGACAUGAGCUAUUCUUUAUCGGAGGAGAUGAAACGAGGUUCAGUUAUUGGAAAUAUCGCUAAGGAUCUCGGGCUGCAGACAGGUGCGCUGUCCACCAGAAGAGCUCGAAUUGACACCGAAGGGACUGAUAAACGUUACUGUGACAUAAACCUGGAGCACGGAGAGCUGAUUGUGGCGGAGAGGAUUGACCGUGAGGAGCUUUGUGGCAAAAAACCUUCGUGCAUCUUAAAACAAGAGCUCGUUUUGGAGAAUCCUCUGGAGCUGCAUCGGAUCAGCCUUCAUGUUCAAGAUGUUAAUGAUAACUCUCCGCAGUUCAACGAAAAAUUGAUCAGUCUAGAAAUCCAUGAAUCGGCAGUCAAGGGAGCUCGCUUUGUGAUCGAGGAGGCGAGCGAUGCGGAUGUAGGACAAAAUUCAGUUCAGCAGUAUAGCCUUGAGAAGAACAACAAUUUCAUUCUAGCUGCUAAUGGAAACACAGUGGAGCUUGUUUUGGAUAAGGAGCUUGAUCGAGAAAAACAAAAGGAAAUUAAUUUGCUCCUUACAGCUUUAGAUGGCGGAUCUCCUCAGAGAUCAGGUACAGUGGGCAUACAUGUAACUGUACUGGAUGCUAAUGAUAACGCCCCAGUGUUUAGCCAGGCCGUUUACAAAGCCAGUCUGCCUGAAAACUCUCCUAUAGGUACUGUAGUGACAACAGUGAGCGCAACUGAUGCAGAUGAGGGAGUGAAUGGAGAUGUGACUUAUGAUUUUGGACAUGUUUCAGAGAAUGUAAAGAACGUUUUUGGCCUGGAUCAUAAGACGGGAGAAUUAAAACUAAUUAGCGAGAUAGAUUUUGAAACGGUUUCAAAUUAUGACCUACGCAUUAAAGCGAAAGAUGGCUUGGGAUUGUCAUCUUACACUAAAGUGACUGUACAUGUCACCGAUGUAAACGACAAUUCGCCUGUUAUCUAUGUAAAGUCUUUAGCAAACCCAAUACCUGAAAAUGUGUCUCCUGGCACAGAGGUGGGCAUCAUUAAUGUACAGGAUGUAGAUUCUGAUAACAGCCAAAAUGUUCGCUGCUACAUUCAGCAAAAUGUUCCUUUUAAGUUGGUUCCUUCUAUUAAAAACUAUUAUUCUCUGGUGACCACGGGAAAACUGGACCGUGAACUAGUAUCUGAUUACAACAUUACAAUCAUUGCCACUGAUGAGGGCUCUCCACCUCUGUCCUCCUCUUUCAGGAGUUUUAAAGUCCAAGUGAUGGCCAGAGACAAUGGUUCUCCUCCUCUCAGCAGCAAUGUGACUGUCAGUGUGUUCAUAUCAGAUGUAAAUGACAACUCUCCUCAGAUCCUGUACCCGGCACCAGAGGGCAGCUCCUUCAUGACUGAGUUAGUCCCUAAAGCUGCACAUGGAGGGUCUCUGGUGUCCAAAGUGAUAGCAGUGGAUGCAGACUCUGGACAGAACGCCUGGCUGUCCUAUCAUAUAAUCAAAGCCACAGAUCCUGGACUUUUCAGUAUUGAUCUACACAGUGGAGAGAUCAGAACACAGCGGGACAUUUCCGAAUCUGACAGCAUGAAACAGAAUUUGAUUGUUACUGUGAAAGAUAAUGGACAGCCCUCUUUGUCUGCCACCUGCUCAAUUUAUUUACUUAUUUCUGAUAACUUAGCUGAAGUGCCGGAACUGAAAGACAUUUCUUAUGAUGAGAAGAACUCCAAGUUGACCUCUUAUUUGAUCAUUGCACUGGUUUCUGUGUCCACUUUCUUUCUGACCUUCAUCAUCAUUAUACUUGGAGUGAGGUUUUGUCGCAGGAGAAAGCCCAGACUGUUGUUUGAUGGAGCAGUAGCCAUACCAGGAGCUUAUCUACCUCCAAGUUAUGCAGAUGUUGAUGGCACAGGAACUUUACGCAGCACCUACAAUUACGAUGCCUACCUGACAACAGGAUCUAGAACCAGUGACUUUAAGUUUGUAUCAUCUUACAAUGACAACACUCUGCCUGCUGACCAGACUCUGAAGAAAAGUUUGAGUGAUUUUACUGAGGCUUUUGGAGAACUGGAAGGAUGCUCAGAGGUAUGAUGACACUCUUAAGCCAUUUUUGCAUUUACCCCCUCCUGUAGCGUCCCGGUUGAAAAGAUGGUCUCUUUCACUGAUGGUUCACGUUUCUUUAUUUAACAGCCUUUAUACAUGAACACACCGUAAGAGCUAUAAACAUACAAAUAAAACACCAUUAGUAAUUCUUAGUGGUUCUAACCUUUUCCUUUAACCUAUAAGACUUACUUUAUGUAAUAACAUUACAUUUACAUCACGUGUAUUUAAUUAACCUACAUUUCUAUACUACAAAUUAACCAAAAUGUAUUUCAACUGUUUUAACAGUUUGACAGUUAAUCAAACA